GUUUGAUGGCGAAUCCAUCAUGUCUGGAGUUGUGUUUAUCAUAAUAGUGCCCACCGAAGAUCACGAGAAAGUGUUGCUACGAAAACUAAAGAAAAAAGUGAAAAUUGAGGAGAACCCCGAAAUCAUAUUGUCUCAAAAAUUUAGUACCGAGGGUCUCGAAUAUUCCACAGAAUCCAAUCGGGAGAAAUGUAAACAACACCUGCCCAAGCACAAAACUGAUCAAUCGAUGGAAAAUACAAUCCGUUUAUUAUUGAAAGAACUGGAAAUAAUCCAUUCCGUGUGGACCCAAACCGAAGACGGCAAUUACUAUCAAGUGAUAUUUUCGAUCGAGAACGAAAAGUGCGAGGACAUUUUAGAGAAUUUGAGGGACAGCGAUAUUGGAAAAAAGCUGCAAUCGAAGGUGAGCGUUAUCCCUUGCACUAUUCAUUACAAGGGAAGCGAAUACAAGGUCACUGCGAAUGCCUCGAAAAGCGAUGAAGAAAUAUUAGAAGAAAAAGAAACGGAGGGAACCAAUACUGGAUGGAAUUUCUUCAUUUCUUCCGUUAGAUCUCGCUUAACAGUUGCACAAGUUGUGGAAAACGUCAAAGUGCGCGCUGCCAUGACUUUCGAUUUCAUUGUACUGUUAUUGAUUUCCACAACUUUGUGUGCUCUCGGUUUGGUAGAAGACAGCAAAAUAUACAUGCUCUCGAGUAUGCUCAUUUCACCGAUGAUGGGUCCUGUAAUGGCUGGCACGUUCGGGUCGGUAGUUCAGGACAAACAUCUGCAGAAGAUCGGAGUCCAGAAUGAAUUGAUUGGUUUGGGGAUAGCGACGAUUGUCGGGUUUUGUUACGGGUCCCUCAUUUGCCUUGUUACGGACAAAUACGGUUACCAUGAUUGGCCCACCUAUGAAAUGUAUUCUAGGGGCGAGUUGCGCUCCCUGUGGGUAGGGGCCCUGAUCGCUCUCUUGUCUGGGGCAGCUGUGGCCUUGGGGGUGUUGAGCGAUAACAUCGCCUCGCUGGUGGGCGUUGCCAUAUCCACUUCGCUUAUGCCGCCCACCGUUAACGCGGGUUUGCUUUGGUCCUUGGGAUUUGUGUAUUACGUUAAAGGAAACGACACGACGAGAUUUGCUUCGUUAACCCGUACGAACUACUAUUCCAGCAACACUGCCUUGGAACUGGUCGGAUUGGGAGCUAUAAGCAUAUGCCUUACUUUUGUUAAUAUUAUUUGCAUUUAUGCGGCUGGAAUUCUCGUCUUUAAGAUCAAAGAGGUCGCUCCUCACACCACCCGCGACCACGCCCGAAGAAGAUUCUGGAAACAUGACAUCAAAGUAGCCCGCAACUACAAUAAAACCGUCCAGUACGGCGACAAAAACGACUCGUUUCAAACCAUUUCCGACCAAAUUGCUCAUUAUCACAGGACCAAGGAUUCAUUUCACCAUUCCACAGACCUUUCCAAAGAAAACUUGAAAGUUAAAAUUAAACGUUCGGAGUAUACGUGGUCGCCAUGCGUCAAUAACGUUUACGAUCAGUACGAGUCGCUCGUCAACGUCAGAGGCUGUUCUUCUAAUGCCGUCAAAUGUCAUUUUCCCGUCGCCAGCACCCGCGGUCACAGAAGGCUAUCGCAGAUAUUUCCUAGGUGCUCUCCUAAGGACGAAUUUAGAAGGGAUAAACAGGAUAUCGAGAAACAAGGUUUGGUUAGUGCGGUGGUCGAUCCUGUCAGCACUUGCGAACUGGUCUGCAGCAACAAGAAAUUUACCGUCACUCCGUGUGAUUUGGAACAGCUCAAGGGCGUGGUUUAGCAUAUUUUAU